AUGAGCAAAUCUACACGGCCUAGUAACUUUGUCGGCUUCAGUGCCUUAUCAAAUAGAGUCUUCGUUCGCCCGGGUGAGACGCUGACAGGCACUGAGCCAAACCCAAAACAUCCUCGGACAAUCGUCAUCUACGGCUGGGGCGACGCACCUCCAAGGCACAUAUCAAAGUUCACCGAUGUCUAUCGACAGUUGUACCCUCAUGCCAAGCAAGUCGCGGUCCUGUCGCCUAUUUACAAAGGCUUCAUCGACCAUGUGGCUCAGCGCACAGAGGCCAUGCUUUCGGUUAUACAUGAGGUUUUCCCCAACAAUGCAUCAGACGGUUCAGUCUUGUUCCACGUGAUGUCUAAUUCUGGAACUAUCAACUACUCAGCCACCUUGAAUGCCUAUAAGGAGACCUACAACCGGCCGAUGCCCCAUGCGCUGACGGUCUAUGACUCUACGCCCGGAACUCCAUAUCUUACGUGGGAUAACCUCAAGCGAUUUUCUUACGCCAUGGCUAUCGGGUUAGCAGCAAAGCUCCCCUUGCCAUUCAUCGUAACACAAGUGCUAUGCGCCUGGUUCUUCUGCAUGAUUCAUGUAUUCGACUAUCUUGCGGGAAGAGAAUCUGCGCCUAAGUUCAGCCACAGGAUCUUCACCGAUGAGCAGUGGGAGAGCAAGAAGAGCACAAGGCUAUUCUUGUAUGGAAAGGGAGACUUUCUUAUUCCGUGGCAGCAUAUUGAAGGAUAUAUGGCCGUUUCGCAGGAGGCUGGAUACCCUAGCGAGGGGCAGUUAUUUGAAAGUGGACAUGUUGGGCAUAUGAAAAAGGAUCCAGAAAAGUAUUGGGGAACUAUUCAAGAGUCUUGGGAGAGGGCUGUGGGUAGAUACUACGAGGCAAGCAAUAAGCCAAGGGAGCGAACUGUCGGACCUCGGCAAGUUUAG